GUCUCCAGUCUGCUGCCGGAGAAGUUUACUGAAUAUGUUAGGGUUUACUACACAAAAAACUCUGACGAGGAGGAGAAGGAUGCAAAUAACUGCUUUGGUUGGUGGCGCCAUGACAAGUGUAAGAUUCUGGUCUAUGAUCAGAAAGAGUUCAGAGGCAAUGAGUGCUUGAUCACAGGAGACUGUCCUUCGUUAGAUGACUGUGGUAUAAAAGAGGUCCAGUCCUGUAAGGUGCGCAGAGGUUUCUGGAAGCUCUAUGAGGGUCGUGACUACAAUGAGGCAGAGUACCUACUGGAGCCGAGGAAAGAGUAUCACAGUCCUACAGAUUGGGGCUCCCAGUCCAAUGCUUCAGCUCGUUCUCUUAAACAUAACCUCAUUACCAUCAUCAUCAUUUCCAACAACACACAAGAACAUCACCAGAUACUUGAGAAGAAGAGAAGAUGUCUGCAUCUGAAGGCACAAAAGAUGCGAUUUUUAACAGUGUACGAGGGCAGAGAUGAAGACAAAUCCUUCCUGUAUGAGAUUGUGGCAAAUAAACAGAAUGGCAUGGAUGUGGACAAAUGGGACUAUUUUGCACGGGACUGUCAUCACCUGGGCAUUCGAAACAGUUUUGACCAUCAGCGUCUGCUGAAGUUUGCUCGAGUCUGUGAAGUGAACGGGAGAAAACACAUCUGCUUCAGAGACAAGGAGGCUGAUAAUGUUUAUGACAUGUUUCGCCCCCGAUACACUCAUCGCCAGGCCUAUCAGCACAAGAUCGGCUACAUCAUUGACACCAUGCUUGCAGAAGCGCUCGUACGAGCUGAUCGUGAUCUUCAUGAAGGAAAACCUGAAGAUAUGCUGAAGAUUUCUGAAGCCAUAAAGACAGCAGAGGACUACAGCAAACUCACAGAUGAGAUCUUUGAGCAGAUCUUGUCCUCCACUGCUGAUAAUCUGAAGAAAUCCAGAGACAUCUUGAACAAGAUCGUCAGAAGAAAACUGCCAAAGUUUGUUGCAGAAGCUCGACUGACUGAGAACAGCAUGUCAAAGGAAGAGCUGACAGAAACAUGGAAAGCCGCAGUAGAGAAGUACAAACGUACAGACCCGACUGUUUCUCUGAACGCUGAAGAUUUCUCAGUUUAUGUGGUUGAUCUGGAUUACGGCAUGAAGGACAAAAACCCCAUUGAAAAGGUCUAUUUCUACAGCAAGAGGAAGCCCAAUGAAGCCUCUGCCAUUAACGAUUAUCAGCUCUCCAGUGUCCUGCCACAGAGGUUUAAUGAAGAGCUGGUCAGAGUUUACUACAAAAACACUGAUGAGAAUAAAGAGGAGCUGAAGAAGAAAGUGGAGGAGGCUGAGAAGUGCUUUCAGAUCUGGUGUGAGUCCAAAUUUGGACUCCAUUAAUGUGCAUAUGGUUUAUAAUAUAUGCUAUUUAAGGUUGUGGCUGCACAAUCAGUACAUGUGUCUGUAAUUUCACUGAUUGUUUAAUUAAUAAACUGCAGGGGCAUUCAUG